AUGAUAGCACUGCCAUUAUUGACAUGCAUUUUGUGUUUUCUUCCAUCUUUGCAGCCCUCAGAUGACGAGCCAGCUGACAGUGACAGCAGCAUACAUACGAUGACGUCUGAAUCACAAUUAUCUUACGGCAAGCAAAGUGGUGCUAUCAGGAAAGCAGGAUGGCUGGUUGUGAAGAACUGGCUGAUCCACAAGAAGCGCAAAUUGGAAUUAGCUCCAAAACGCAAUUGGAAGCGCUACUGGGUAUGUCUGAAAGGAACUAUGCUACUUUUCUUUGACUGUGAUGAAGAAAGUGCUAUAACAGAAGACAGUGCCCCAAGACAUGUACUAGGUGUUCGUUACUUUUCAGUCAUUGAGGGAGGAAUAGCACAAGCCGUACCCGAACACCCCAAAAGGGAAAACAUUUUCUCUCUCAGCACUGCAUUUGGAGAUGCUUACCUAUUUCAGGCACCAUCACAAAUUGAACUGGAGAACUGGAUCCGUGCCAUCCACUCAGCGUGCGCAUCGCUGUUUGCAAGGCAGCAUGGGAAGGAUAACACCCUGAAGUUGCUGAAGAGUGAGAUUCAACGACUUGAAACAAAUAUAGAUAUGGAUGUAAAAAUGAAAAAAAUGGCUGAACUCCAGUUGACCGUGGUAACUGACCCCAAAAGCCGAACAGCAAUUGUGAAACAGAUUAAUCAGUGGGAAGAGAACCUAGAGAAACUAUUUAUAGAACAGUACCGUUUACGUUGUUAUAUGGCUUCACUUCAAGGGUCAGAACUUCCCAACCCAAAGAGUUUGUUAGCGAACGUGUCCAAGUCCUCGAAAGGUAUCCUGGGGCGUCUUGGCAUCUUCACUGUGACAUCAUUCCACGCUCUGGUCUGUGCACGUUCUCCACCAACUAUGACUGCCAUGCAAGGGAAAACACUCCCUGCCAAGAAGUCCAAUUCUGCUGUUCCUAAGAGCAGUGAACUACAGGGUGGAACACUGGGACGGCAUCCAAAUCAAUCUGCAAUGCAAGCUCCACUUGCCUCAAGUGGGCAUAGUGAGAAAUAUUCGCACAAGGAAUUAGAUAGAGAUCAUCGAGACGAUCGGCAAACACCAGACAGCAUGCCACCAAACCGGACAGACACUCCUGAUAGCGGAACCAAAGAGGGUCUAUCAAAGAUCUCCUUACCACAUAACCAGCAACGUGCAGGGUAUUUCUCACCUAGAACAAAAGGAAAACACUGCAUUCAUAAAAGACACGAUGACAAUCAGCACGCUCCUGGAGUACGUAUGAAUAACACUCUUCUUCACUCUGUAUCUAUCUAUCUAUCUUAUCUAUCUAUCUAUCUCUCAAUCUAUCUAUCUAUAUAA